GAUCAGUGUACCCGAAAAUACCAAGCCCGUACCAAGACCUAGGCGAGUGCGAAGGUGAAGUCAGUUCUUCUCUUCGCUGCUCGUCCCCUGGUUUGAACUCGUACAUGUUCGUCAAGAUGGCCCAUGAAAUUAUUGACCCGACAAAAUGGACAUACGCUCAAGUGGAAUCUGCUGCGCUGCCUUCUAACUCGGUGGCAUGGUCGGUGUGCUCUCAAUUUCCUACAGAGGUUCAUUUGGAGUUACGAGAAGCCGGAAAGAUAGGAGAUUGGAACAAGGGACGCAUAGAGCAUGAUGUGCAGUGGGUUUCCAAACAAUAUUGGGCAUUCCGAAGCGAGCUCAAGGUGCCCGAAGCCAAACUACGAGGGAUGGAGUAUGCGGAGCUGGAAUUUGAAAGUCUCGAUACAUUUGCAACGGUCUACCUGAACGGCACAGAGAUUCUUCAGACGGACAAUCAUUUCACGAUCCACACUGUCUCAGUCCCGUUGGAAAGCCUGAAGCCUUCGAACGAGCUCGUUAUCACUUUCAAGCCUCCCGAACCGAUCGCUCGAGAGGUCGCCAAGAAGUAUGGUCCAUUCCGGGGAGGUUCCUGCAAUCUUGGAGACCGAUCAAGAAUGGGUAUCCGCAAGUCACAAUACCACUUUCGAUGGGAUUGGGGACCUGAACUCGUAUGCGUUGGCCCAGACCGACCGAUUCACCUUCACCUGUUCGCCUCACGCUUGAAGGAGGUCAACACUUGUGCGAGGGUCGAUGAGGGGCUCAAGAAAACCUUGAAAGUGGAAGUCAUAACGGAGGGGAAGGACAGGAAUAUUAGAGUGGAGCUGAGCAGCUUGAAUGGAACCGUCAUCAAGACUCAGGAUACUAAAGUUAUCAAGAACGAAGUCACUCUUGGUGGCGUUGAAUGGAUCUUCGGAGACGAGGUUGAUCUCUGGUGGCCUGUCAGGGAAGGCAAUCAGACGAGGUACCAAGUCAAGGUCGAGCUUCUCUCAGAGGCCGGUGAAGUGAUAGACACCUUGACCCGCAAGAUUGGAUUCCGCCGAGUCGAGCUUGUCCAACGUCCACUCGACGGACAAGAAGGCACGAGCUUCUUCUUCAAAGUCAAUAAUCGACCCAUCUUCGCAGCAGGGAGCAACUGGAUCCCCAUCGACAACACCCUCCCUUCUGGCACUGACGAGAGAUACAGAAAAUGGAUAGAGCUGCUGGUCAAGGGAAAUCAGAACAUGAUCCGAGUGUGGGGAGGUGGCGUAUAUGAGCCCGACAUCUUUUACGAUCUUUGCGAUGAGCUCGGCGUCAUGGUGUGGCAGGAUUUCAUGUUCGCCUGCGGUGUAUACCCUAUCUUCCCUGACUUCAUGGAAUCUGUGCGGAAAGAGGCUGAAUGCAACGUCAAACGUCUGAGGCAUCACCCGUCCAUGGCGCUGUUUUGUGGUAACAAUGAGGAUUACCAAAUGAUUCUUCAGUGGGACAUUGACCAGAAAGGCGAUCCACUUCCCGCCAGAAAGAUCUACGAGCAUCUUUUGCCAGAGACUGUCACUCGGUUGACGGACCCUGAGAUCCCGUAUCAUCGCGGGUCACCUUAUGGUGGGAAGGGCUGGGAUACAGCAGAUCCGACAAUAGGCGAUGUGCAUCAGUGGGACGUCUGGGGCGGGAAAGAGAAAUACUACCAGGAUUGGGACAUCCUUGGAGGUCGAUUUGUGUCCGAAUUCGGUAUCCCUUCGUUGCCUGAUAUUCGGACAAUCGACUUUUGGCUUGAUGGAGACGAGACUCAACGGUACCCUCAGAGUCGACUCAUGCAACAGCAUAAUAAGGCUGGAAGCCAUGAGCGACGACUGGCGAUAUACAUGAACGAGAACUUUAGAUACGCUGAGGAUCUAGAAAGAUACGCCUACCUGACUCGAUUGAUGCAGUCUGAGGCGAUUGGACUGUCCUACAGUUUAUGGCGACGAGCAUGGCAAGGCCCGAGGAAGGAAUCCUGCGCAGGUGUUUUGGUGUGGCAGCUGAACGAUUGUUGGCCUGUAACCAGUUGGGCAAUCAUUGAUUACUUUUAUCGUCCUAAACCUGCCUAUUUCGCCAUUUCUCGGGCUUCAUCACGUAUCAAUGUGGGUCUUAGAAGGACAGUCGCCAAGAACAGAGAAACAGAUCGACCGAGAACAUUCUACGAAUACGGCGCUUUCCAAUCUCGGGAAGUCACCGUCGAGCUAUGGGCAUCAAACUUUGGCUCAGAGACAAAAGUCAAUAUCGAGGUCCAUGCUAUGGAUCUGUGUACGGGCUGGAAAGGGCAGACGAAGAAGUACGCUGUCGAGCUCGGAGAGAACCGAUCUACAGAAGUCUGGAAAGGGGAAUGUCCUGCGCCUUCGGAGGAAGAAGCCUAUGACAGAUACGCCCCCAGCGGUAGCAUCGUCCUUUACGCGGUCCUGAGCUCGGAAGACGGUACUGUCCUAUCGAGGACUUCAAACUGGCCAGAACCUUAUAAAUUGCUGGACAUCCCUGACCCAGGCCUCCAAGUCAAGGUUCAAGGUGAUCAGAUCACGUUGUCCAGUGAGAAGCCCUGCAAAGGAGUUUGGUUGGAUGUUGAAGGUGACAAUGACGGGCUAGAGUGGUCAGACAAUGGAUUUGACGUCUUCCCCGGCGAUGAUUACAGGAUCAGAGUGGAUGGACUGAACGGGCGAAAGAUCACUGUGGCGUAUCUCGGAAAGGAGAAACCCACCCGAGUCUGAGGACUGGCAUUGUCCUCGACGAAGAUAUGAAUCGUGGUAUCCUCUCAUGUCAUUUCCUAGUCGUAAUCGAUCUGUGCAGUAGGUACCUCGAAUCAGGUAUGCAUGCUGCAGAUUCAAUGAGCUGCCAGUAAUCACU